CGACAGUGAUGCAAAGAAGUCUUUUUUAAUAGAAAAACCUUUCCGAUCUCUGUCUCUCACAGAUCUCUCUUCCUUCUUCUUUACAUGGAUGAUCCUCCCGCUUCUUCCAGACACCAGCGCAACCAAAUCGUCUCUUCCGGGGAAAGACCACCCGUCAUGCCGGACAAUGGCGUUGUCCACCAGCAGAUAUACUCCGGAGACGAAAGGAUUGUUUCUUCUUCUUUUUCCGUUGGUUCUUCUCUGUAUUAUAACGUCCUCCAAAAUCAUACCAAUCUCUAUCCUUACGAUUGGAAUGCUGCUGGUUAUGUUCAAAGCAUCAAUACUUGGGAUGGGUAUCCUCCACUAUAUGCUACUUCCCCUGAAGCCCUGCAUCUCCCACAGGUUGUCUACAAUGAAGAUUCGUCUUUAAUGUACCAACCUGGUUUCACUUUCUACCCUUACCCUUUCAUGAUGCUUGACGACCAAAUCCCAAUCUCCCCAGCGUAUUACCCACAGUUCGGUGCACCUUCGGCUAUGCAUUCUACUCACUCAGAAACUGGUGGUGACAACUUCUGUUUUGACCCAACAUCUGCUUAUAUGAUUACUUUUGACGGAUACGGAGGAGGCAAUUUAUCUGCGAGUCAAGGGACCAACUCUUUAACAUAUUAUCCUCAAACGUUGGGUAUACUGGGGCCAUACGACCGUAAUGCUUCUUCACAGUUGCAUGGGAAUGGGAUUGCUUCAAGCUCUUCUCUGGGAGGAUAUCAUAAUGUAGGAUCUUACCAGAAUCCAAGCUCUAUUGCCUCAUGUUGUGGAGCUGAUAGUUCAGUCAGAUCAGCCUCUGACAUAGGCAAACGGCGAGAAAAGGAGUACAGUUCUGUAUCUACUACCAUCAGUGAUCUCUUUGGUAUUCGAGGGCCAAGAUCCUCCUCCAGCAGGGUAAAUAGCAAGAACGGUACUAGACUUACCUCUUCUGCUGGUGAUUCAGGACCGAACCCCAGUUUGUACAACCAUCCGGAUUUUGUAACGGAUUAUAAGAACGCCAGAUUCUUUAUCGUUAAGUCGUUUAGUGAAGACAAUGUCCACAGAAGUGUCAAGUAUAAUGUCUGGGCCAGCACUCCACAUGGCAACAAGAAAUUAGAUACUGUUUAUCGAGAUGCUGAGAAGAUGGGUGGGAAAAAAUGUCCAAUCUUUCUCUUCUUUUCGGUAAAUGCUAGUGGACAAUUCUGUGGGGUGGCUGAAAUGGUUGGACCUGUAGAUUUUGAAAAGGAUGCUGGUUACUGGCAGCAAGGCAGGUGGAGUGGGCAGUUCCCAGUGAAAUGGCAUAUUUUGAAAGACUUAACGAAUAACCGGUUUAGUCAUAUUCUUUUGCAAAACAAUGACAACAAGCCGGUGACGCACAGCCGAGACUCUCAGGAGGUGAAGUUACGUCAGGGGAUUGAGAUGCUGAGAAUAUUCAAAGAAUACGAAGCGCGCACAUCAAUCCUCGAUGAUUUUGACUACUAUGAUGAAAGAGAGAUUCAAAAAAGAGUGGGAGAAGAUGAUGGAGGGAGUAAAGAAGAGACGACCUCUUCUGUGGAACAGUUAUCAGAGCGUCUUCAAGCUGUCACAGUGGAAGAUGGAAAGGAAGUGGAGAAAGGGGUCUUGAAAGAGAAGUCCUGAUAAUAAUUUUGAUUUGAUGCAGCAGUAGCCAGUAGUAGGUGUAAGUACAUAAACAAUAAACUUCUUUUUUUUUUGUAAACAAGGGAGGUUUUCUGUUUCUGUUCUGGGUGGAAGCUGUAUACUAAAAUGUCUCAAAAAGAGUA